UAGAUUUACUGGUAGUAAGUAAGAUACCAAAAGUUCGGAAAUUGACACCUAGCCCAUUUUGUGUAAUCGGUGUUGAAAGCCGGUACUAUUUUUCAGUGAGGCGCAGUGAUAUCUAGUGGGGAGUGGCGCGGUUUUGGUCACAUGGACCAAUCAGGUAGCAGCUUUAUUCUAACAACAUACCUGCUAUGGCGACGACAACAUCCGAGAGUGAAGAGGAACGAAAGACCUCAAAAGUUAGAAAAAAAGUGCGUAAAGAGGAAAAUAAAAGAUGCUAUAUGCAUCUUUCAUCUGUGAACAAUGAGGACGUCCAGCACUUCACUCGGACACGGUGGGACACAUACAGAAACUAUUUAAAACAGUGGCUUUGUCUGCAAGACCAGAACAAGCAUCUGGCAGAAAUCUAUAAACAUUGCUCGGAUGUAGAUUUUGACGCUAUUCCUGACGACGCUGGGUUUCACGCAACAUGCUACCGACGUUUUACAGAUAAAUCUGCAUUGUUUUAUGCCGAGAAAAGGACCGCACGGGCGGUGGGAGAACCAUCUGCAGCCGCAGGUUUGCCCGUUGCUUCUGCCGGCCCCGUCCUGCCAGCCAUCUGUAUAAUUUGUCAAAAAGUGGAAAAGUACACUCGUGUGGGAGGAAAACGCCAGAGGGAUCAACUCACACAAGCAGAAACCGUGUCGGCAGGCCAGUUGCUGAAGGCAGCUGAGAUUAAGAAAGAUGCUGCCAUUCUUCUGCACAUCAACGACAAAGACUGUGUUGCUAUAGAGGUCCGGUACCAUAGGACCUGUUACAGACAGUACACCAGUAUGGACAGGCAUCUGCCAAAGACGUGA